AUGCCUGCCCACGAGGACGUCCAGUUCCGCACCCUUGAUAACACUGUCCUUCGCGGCCGUCUCUUCCCAGCAGACCAGCGAGGACCAGGAAUUAUCAUGACACCGGGCUUCAACGCAACCAAGGAAAUCGACGGCACCCCACGCAACGACAUCAACCCCUUCCAAUCCGUCGACGACCUCUCCGACGCCCUAACCUACCUUCUCUCCCACCCAAACAUCGACCGGUCGCAGGGCGUCGCCCUCUGGGGUAUGUCACUCGGCGCCAGCAUUGCCCUCGUAACAAGCGCACUUGACCCACGCGCCCGCUUCACAAUCGCCGUAUGCCCCGUCGUCGGCGCAACGCAGAACUUACCCAAACUGUCUGCCGUGCUGUCCAAGGCCGCACAGGACCGCGAGUCUCGUCUCAAAGGCAACGACCCCUUCUACGUCCCCAUGCUGACGAACACUGGCGAGAACCCAGCCGGUUUCAACUUGGGCUUUGAGCGCGAGGUCGCGAUGAGAUUACUCAAUGCGCAAGACGUGAAUGAUCCGCUGCGUGCGGAGCUCGCGCCCAACCAUGUCAAUCGCACGACGGUAGGCACGUAUAGGAACCUGCUGCUUUGGGAACCGGGCCAUAUGUGGAAGUAUAUUACGCGGCCGGUGCUCUUUGUUCUGGCGGAGCAGGAUGCGGUUGUUGGCACGGAGGCGCAGAAGAGGCACUUUAGCGCGUUGAUGGUGGAUAAGGAGCUGUAUGUACAGGAAGGGGCGGUGCAUAUGGAUAUUUUGGAGGGGGCGCAUCAGGAUGCUGUUAAUCGCGUACAGACGGAGUUUGCGUGGAAGCUAUGGUAUUAA